GGCAGCAGCUGCACGUUCCUCCGGUCUCCGACCCCAACUCGAGCUACCAUCUUUUUUAACACUUUGGCUCAAAGUCUCGUUUUAUUUUCUGUGGAUUCUUUCGCUUGACAACCGCGUGUCGGCGUCACCGAGGACGGUUUGUUUUUACCCCACGUUCUAGAAGCAACGGGCGGCGACAGAACGAGGCUAGCGGCGGCGAGGACGAGGCUAGCAGGCUAGCGCUAGCUACCGUUAGCUCACGUUAGCGAGCGACCCGGCUAGCUUCACGCUAGCGGGGGCGGGGGAGGGGGGGAGGCAGCGGGCCUACAGCGACGUUUGAUGGAUCCAAGAAUCGCCUGGUUCCAACCAGAACAGCGCGGACCCGCCAACAACCUGUGGAUGCAGAUCUGGGAGACGACCCAAGGGCUCGGCUACCUGCACGUCAACAACGGCUACAGCACCCAGAGCGCCGCGAGCCUCCAGGCGACCGUCCCCGGCGCGGCGGGAGCCCUCCUCUCCGGCAGGAGCGCGGCGCGGGACUCCUCGCACAGCGGCGACAGCGACUUCGGGACCCUGGCGGCCAUGACGUCCGCGAUGGCGGACAACAGGUCCAUCGGGGCGCAGCGGGACUUCAUCCCGCUGGAGAGCAACAGCAACCAGAACCACCGGGCCGCGGGAGCGGGGCGGCAGCAGCAGCAGGGCGGCGGGGGCGCGGUGCUCUCCAGGUGGCUGACGGACGGACAGCCCAACAAGAGGAAAAGGGACAACAAAGCGAGCACCUUCGGGUUCAACUCCAGCCUCUUGAGCAGCGGCGUCGCGCGAGGGGACGCCGGGUACGCGGGCACGCCGUGGAAGAGCCGGGACUACUCGGAGGGGAUCGUCGGGCUACACGAGGAGGUCAAUGACUUCUACGAGUACAUCUCCCCUCGGCCGGAGGAGGAGAAGAUGAGGCUGGAGGUCGUGGACAGAAUCAAGGGAGUCAUCCACGACCUGUGGCCCAGCGCCGAGUCAGAACCGGUUUCUGGAGGCUCUGCGUGGGAAAGUCCUCUGGAUGUCAGGAUGCGAUGUCGAGCUCGUCAGGUCCAGGUGUUCGGGAGCUUCAGCACGGGGCUGUACCUGCCGACCAGCAUUCCUGGAGGUGUUGCCCAGGUGAAGUCGUGUGUGCCGAGCCCUCGUGAUGCCUCCCCGUCUCCCCUCAGUGACAUCGACCUGGUCGUGUUCGGGAAGUGGGAGACUCUCCCGCUCUGGACGCUGGAGGAAGCUCUCCGCAAGAGGAACGUCGCCGACGAGAACUCCAUCAAGGUUCUGGACAAAGCCACGGUUCCCAUCAUCAAGCUGACCGACUCCUUCACGGAGGUCAAAGUGGACAUCAGCUUCAAUGUGAAGAACGGCGUGAUGGCUGCGCGGCUCAUCAAGGAGUUCAAAGAGAAAUACCCCGUUCUGCCUUACCUGGUGCUGGUGCUGAAGCAGUUCCUCCUGCAGAGGGACCUCAACGAGGUUUUCACUGGUGGGAUCGGCUCCUACAGUCUCUUCCUCAUGGCCGUCAGCUUCCUGCAGCUUCACUACAGGGAUGACGUGUGCAGCCCGAACAUCAACAUCGGCGUUCUGCUCAUCGAGUUCUUCGAGCUCUACGGACGCCACUUCAACUACCUGAAGACGGGCAUCAGGAUAAAAGAUGGCGGCUGCUACGUGGCCAAAGACGACGUCCACAGGAACACGAUGGACGGCUACCGGCCCUCCAUGCUGUACAUCGAGGACCCGCUGCAGCCCGAUAACGACGUGGGCCGCAGCUCCUACGGCGCCAUGCAGGUGAAGCAGGCCUUCGACUACGCCUACGUGGUGCUCAGCCACGCCGUGUCGCCCAUCGCCAAGUACUACCCCAACAACGAGACCGAGAGCAUCCUGGGCAGAAUCAUCCGGGUCACACAGGAAGUGGACGAGUACAGGGAAUGGAUCCGGAAGAACUGGGGCGGCCCGCCUCAGAGCGACCUGCCACUCAACAGAAACGACGUCGCGCUGUUCGAGUCCCAGCAGCUGGACGAGUGCAACAACAACGUUCCAGAUGACGAAGAUGAAGAUGUCGUCGUCGUUCUGCCGUCGGCUCCGAGAAGCAAAACCUCCUCAAACUCCUCGUCUCUGAGGUCAUCGCCCUCCUCCUCCUCCUCCUCCUCCUCCUCCUCCUCCCCGCUGUCGCCCUCCUCCACCACCUCCACCUCCAGCUCCAGUGACGUGGACUCUGACGGCACGCCGUGUAAGACGGCCAAGCAGCAGCCGUCUGUCCGCGGCUCCGCCCACAAAGAGAAGUCGGCCGCGGCGAACAGCAACCGGGCGCCGAGCCAGGCGAGCGCCGCUCCUUCUGCGGGGAACAAGAGCGGGAAGGCCAGGACGUCUCGCUCCAACCAUAAGAGCGGCCACCAGGGGCAGCAGAGCUCCUCCAGCACCAAGAGCCACCAGAGCAACAAGCCGCACCACCAGGGCAACAGCAAGAAGAGGAAAAACGCUCGGGACUCGACACAGGAAGACCUCUGUAGAUAGGCCCCGCCCCUUCCUCUCUGCAGAGGGGGGGGCGCCUCCCCCCCCGGACUCCUGUCUGCUGCCGGACUCCUUCUCGGGAGGUCGUUGGACGGGUUCUCCUCCGUCUCUGUGGACGAGCAACAACUCGGAGCAGAAAGAAGAGAAGAAUCAAAGGAUUGUUGUGAACGAGGAUUAAUUGAACCUGAACUGACGUCACGAGGGACUCGAGCCGUCUGCUUCCAAAAGCUUUUUUUAUGGAGCGUGUUCCUUCCUGCAGCACCCACACAGCAAGCCUCUGGCGCCCCCUGCUGUACAGGAAGAGACAGGUCGGGUGUCUGGAACCCACACCUGGAGACACCUGCUGGAAAAUGGGAAGAGGAAUGUGAUCUCCUCCUCCUCCCCCCCAAAAAAGAAGAAAACAAAGCAAAUGGCUGGAAGCGUACCAGUCAGUCGCGUCCUGUUGUUCGCCGACGUGCCGCAGAUUUUAUUGAGAUGAAACUUACAGAUGCAAUCAGUAAGCGGGACACAAUUUAUGCAUGGGAAUUAUUUGUGUUGAUUGAUUUUUCUUCUGUUGGUUGAAUCUGUUUCGUGUCUCGACAGGUUGGACAAAGAUUUGUAAAAAAAAAAAUUUAAAAAACGAGCAUAGGAAAAGAAAAAAAAGAUUCAAAAAAAGUAAAAAGAAAAUGUUUUCAUAUUAAACUUUUACAAGAUAUAGCGAUUGAAGACGUGCACGCCUCGUGCACUGGGCUCGGUCGGGUCCCAUUGCCAACACACAUCAUCAGCAUCCCGUGAUCAGUGUUACGCCUCCACGGGGCGGAAGGGGUUAAAUUAAUGGGGGGGGGGGAUAGUGGUUUUAUUGAGAAUACACUUGAAAAAGAAAUGUUAACAAUACAACGGUGGGUGAUAAUCUGUUCCUUUGGUAAUUUACCCACUGCAAACAAUGAUUUGUAUUUGUUAAAUGUAUUUAUUUUUUUAUUCUAUGAACACCAUAUGGACAAAUGUAUUAACAUUGGAGCCCAUAUCUCAAGUCCUACAUCUGAAGUUGCAUAAUUUGGGGGAAGGGUCAGGUGCAAACGGUUGUGUUCAGGUACAGUAAAAAUACCAACUUAUUUCUUUGGGUUGUUUUCUUUAUUUUAUUUUUUUUGUGACCAUUUGACAUCCGACAUGUGAGUUCUGUUUUAAUAUGUGGCUGGUCUACUUUAAAAGGGAGAGGAUUUUUUUAAAUGUUGUUUUAUAAUCACAACGAACAACAGUCUCCUCUCUGUCGCUGCAGUACCUCACCUCUCCAGUAGGUGGAGCCGGCGCUCCGGUCUGAACCACAGAGUUUGGGCUUGAACUCAUUUGGAUGUUUAUUUGUGUGAUUGAUAAUAAUUCUGAUCUCUGGACUUGAUGAGCAGCUGAACAGUGAAAGCACAUCACGACCCUCCUUUGGCCUCUCGCCCUCAAGACAACAACAACAACAUAAUAAAGUAGCCAGCAAUAACGACGAUGAUGAUAUACUAUUAGCCCUCGAUGACGCGCAGCCACAUAAUGACUUGAGGCCACGACGGCUGGGCCAGGUGAGGCUUCCUGCCCCCCUCAGUGGGCCAGGUGUCUCUCGCCGCCCCCCCCCCCCCCCCUCGUGAGGCGGUCUGGAGGUGAACAGGUAUCUGACUGUCCGGCGGCUCGUCUCCUCCACCUGUAUCAUCACCUGCAGCUACGUCAUGCAAUAAAACACAAAACAAUGAAACUCUA